AUGAUUGGAAGCACGAGUUCAGGCUACAUGUCCAGUAGGAGAAAAUCACCAGUUUGUGGGCACGAGCUUCCCAUGAGAAUCCAUAUUUCGAAAUCAAGCUCAAACCCAGGAAGAAGAUAUUGGAAGUGCAAAAUUUUGAGGAACGAUGAUGAUUGUCAUCUAUUUCAUUGGGAUGCUGAACUGUUUCAAGGAAAACAAGUUAAACCAAGAUACGGUGGAUGUUGCUCUGAAUGUGAAAACAUGAAAGUGAAUAUAAGGAAAUAUGGAGUUGAGUUUGGGAAAGAGUUUGGUCAUGAGUUUGAGAAGGUAUUUAAGAACAAGAAAAUCGGGAAACUAAAUAUGAAAGCUGCAAAAGAUCAUAAGACCAUUCAAACACUCACUUACAUUCUUGUUGCAUCUUGGUUAUUUUUUGCUAUAAUGUUUUGUAAUAGGUAG